AUGUCAAGAAGAACUCUACUACGAGAAGUUAUUGACUCAGACCAACGAAAACUGAACAAGACUUCACAGUUUGCGCCACCGAAAACAAAAACACUCAAACAUCUACAGAGAGAAUUUAGAAAAACAAUUCCGCGCCCGCGGUAUGCAUUCGUUACUUUGGUUAUGUGCGGAGACGAGUACGUUAAAGGGGCUCUGACGCUUGCCUGGUCGCUAAGGCAACAAAAAACCCAACACGACUUGAUUGUCAUGGUAACACCGGACGUUAGUGUCCACUCUAUGAAACUACUGCGCAAGCUCUAUGACAGAGUAAUAAAAGUACAGUACAUUAAAACCAGAGUAAAAAGCGCGCUGAGAGGAAAGAGGUACCGUAGUGAGGAUGCGUGGAUACAGUACAGUUUGACAAAGGCCCGGCUGUUGAACCUCACCGAAUAUGACAAAAUCGUCUGGUUAGACGCUGACUCGCUUGUUUUGAGCAAUAUUGACGAUCUCUUUACUCUUCAAACCCCGGCGGGUAUCUGCUCCAGUAUUAGAAAUCACAACUACUGGCAUGGGUCGAAAAUACCCGAGUUGGAAAUCGAAAAUGCUGUUGAGAACAAUUAUGGAGUUUAUGGAUGUACAAUGGUUUUGAGUCCAAACAUUGAUGAUUAUCUACUGGCAAGCUCACUUCCUCAGAUAGGAACUACCGCAAACUUUGUAGGACCUGACGAGUACUUUUUUACGCAGUUGUACAAAACUCAGUGGCAUCAUGUCCAUAUUAAGUAUGGCUGUAACAAAUGGUUUUAUGAAAUGAGGGGAAUAAAACCUAGCAUUAUUCAUUUCUGUGGAGACAAGCCGUGG